CUGCCAUGUCACUUUUCCUCCUAUUUAUCAAAAAAUUUUAAACGGGUUGUGCAAACAAGCGAGUUAUCGAAGAAUAGAAUUGGUUCACAAAAAGUAAACAUAAAUAGUUGUGUUCUCAACGAAUGCUUCGCAAUCGGGGGAGAGAAAACAGUGCCCAACCCAUUCAACCAGGGAAUAAGUGAUCACUCAGUCAGUUCAUUAGCGAGUGCGAUGUAACAACAUCCGUUUGUGCUCCCAACCUUUGAAAAAAUGGACUCAAGUAGCAGUUCCAGUAUCGAGAAAUGCAACUGCGACAAGUCGGAACCAUCGCAAGAAAGCGACAGUAGUAAUUCGGAAUGUUCCCCUAAAGAUAAGAAAAUCAAAAUCAGUCUGACUUCGCUCGGUCUGAAUUUGCGCAGAGGUCGUUCGAAACGUAACAAGAAAACGAAUCAAAUCUCACCGUCCACUUCUUCGGGUGCUGGCACCAGUAAGGAAAUCACGAAGAAGUCGCCGAAAUGGGGCAUCAAAUUUAAUUGUGCUAAGAAAGAACCGAAAGUGGCCUUCGUGGAAGAGAACACGAAUUGUUGCAAGUGCACGUGUUACAGAAGGACGGAGGAGCACGAAGCAGGGCCUGGGACAGUGUUUGCGAGUGAGGAUAAUGAAAGGACGAAUGAGGUGGUAGAGCAUUCGAACGAGGAGGAAAAUAGGGAAGAGGUGCAGAAUGAGAGUGAGGAAGGCGAAGGGGUUAAAGGCAUUUAUGGCAUCUCGAGGAAUUCGAGCUGCUUGUGCAUUGGUCCCUGGGACAUGCACUGGAUACGUACUGUACACGAAGACUGUGAUGAAGCCGCUCGAUUAGCGCGUGCUCGCGAAAUCGAGCAAGGAGUUGAUCCUCCAGCAAAUUUUCGCCCCGUACGAAGGGUGCAAGUGCUCUGCUCCGACAUGGACUCAGAAGGCGGCCAAGUGCCGCGGAGGCUGCAGCUGGUCUGCCCUCCAGACCUAACCGUAGACACCCUGCGGGCCCUUUUCCAAAACCACGUGACUCUCCGGUCCUGUCCUUUGGACACCAUCGCCGGGUGCCACACUCAGGUUGACUUCAUUCAUUGUCUCGUACCUGAUCUGCUGGAAAUCACCAAAUGCAGUUUUUACUGGGGUAAAAUGGACCGCUACGAGGCGGAGAGGCUGCUCGACGGUAAGCCCGAAGGCACUUUCCUCCUCCGCGACUCCGCCCAGGAAGAGUUCCUUUUCAGCGUGUCUUUCCGCAAGUACGGCCGGUCGUUGCAUGCGAGAAUAGAACAGUGGAAUCAUAAGUUCAGUUUCGAUUCGCACGACCCCGGCGUCUACACGUCUGACACAGUUUGUGGCCUUAUCGAACAUUACAAAGACCCGAGUAGUUGCAUGUUCUUCGAGCCGAUGCUCACAUGGCCGUUGCACAGGAACUUUACGUUUUCGCUGCAACAUUUGUGCAGAGCGACGAUCGUUAAUCGGUUGACUUACGAUAAUAUUAAUCUGUUGCAAUUACCUAAGACGUUGAAAAGUUAUCUCAAAGAGUACCAUUAUAGACAGAAAGUGAGAGUGGAGAGGUUUGACGACGACAUGCAGUGGCUGGAUUUGAGGAAAGUAGCUUCGUAAUCAGUGUUAUUGUUGUACAUCUGUUUUUUUGUUUUUUAUUUAAUUGGAGAUUUGCAUGAGUUGGAGGAUAUUGUGCAAUAGUUUAGAUAACUCUGGUGACGUAAUUUGUUUUUCUCAUUUUUUUUAUCUUAUUUAUUUAAUCGAGAGACACUAUUUUUAUUUCAAGAUGCAAACUCCAAUUAAAUUGUUGCUUGUAACUGUCGUAACAAUAUAACAAAAUUUUGUAGUAACAUAUCACAGCAUAGGAUUAUUAAAGCCCUCCGCUCCUAGUACUUAAUUUUGUAACUAUUUUUCUAUUGCUUUAAUUGAAAUCAACCACAAUUGGAUCGUUUGCGAGGGCGAGGCUUUCUCAAAGGCUGUGUGCUUUAUGUAGGUACUGAUUGGUAGAACGUAUUUAUAAACAAUCUCUCAAGUUUACUACAAAAUUGACAAAUGACUUACUUUUAUUUUAUAACUAGCUGCUUCCAACUGUUUUGUCAGUUUUGCUUCAGUUCGGUGGAAUAAUACUCAUUAAAUAUUACAUUACAAAUUGCUAGUCAUUGAACAGUUACAGCCAAGCAAUGAUGGAAACGUCGAUGUCCUGUUGUGUAAUGGUAGUAUUAAGUGGCACUAAUUUUUUUCAGCUGAUGUUUGGCUGUUACGUUAAUUUAAAAUGUUAGGUGUAAGAAUUUUUGCAGUGUGCCAAAUUGUUUUGAUUUUGCAGUUGUGAAAACGGUUUUUAAAUUUUGUAACAUAAAAUAUAUAUUUUGACUAAAAUAAUGUUGUAAUAUCAGUGUAGCAAUUAGCAGUUAAAGAAUGUAUUUUAAAUAUCGAAUAGCAAAUUUAGUUAAUAGCUUCUUAGGUAAUUAUUUCUAAAAGUAUAUUUUUAAUAAAAGCAUUACUUUCAAUGAAAGGCCCUAAUGCUUCUAAUUGUUAAAUGAAAUGGUAUUAUAAUGUUUGAAUAAUGUAUUUAAAAAACGAAAUGUGAUUAUUAAAUAAUAUGUUUAUUUAAA